AUGAGUUAUCAAUACAAUUCAAAUACUUCCUCUUCCAAAAGAAAACCUGAUGAUUUUAACGAAAACGUAUCCUCCAAUAAAUCUCGAAAAACUUUCGACGGUGCAACUCCUCAACAUGUGGUAGCGAAUCAUUAUAAUAACAUCGAAGAUAAAGGAAAACAAAGAAGAUUAGAAUCCAAAAUCAUAUUUCUUAGAAACUUUAAUAAUUGGGUUAAAAGUGUAUUGAUCGGUAAGAAUACUCCGGAACAAGGAGUGGUACUUGAUAUUGGAUGUGGGAAAGGUGGAGACCUUUUAAAAUGGGGUAAAGCGAAAAUAUCAAAAUUGGUUGGUCUUGAUGUCGCGGAAGUAUCAAUUAACGAUGCAAAAAAUCGUUGGGGCAAAAUAGAUCAUAAAUUUGAUGCCGAAUUCCACGUUUUUGAUUGCUUUUCAAAAAGAAUUUCAAUGAUAGAAUCCAUAAAGAAUAUAGAAUUUGAUGUUGUGAGCAUGCAAUUUUGUCUUCAUUAUUCCUUUGAAACGGAAGAAAAGGCCAAAAUGGCGUUGCAAAAUAUUUCAUCAAAUUUAAAAAAGGGUGGAUCAUUUAUUGGAACUUCAUUAAGACCAGAUCAAUUAGAAUUUGGAAAUUCUAUAUAUUCCAUAAGAUUUGAACAAAAAAAUCAUUUUCCAACUUUUGGUCAUAAAUAUUGGUUUAAUCUUGAGGACGCUAUAAAUGAUUGUCCGGAAUAUUUGGUACAUUUUCCAACUUUCAAAAGGUAUUAA